GACUCAUUUACUAGGUUCAUUGUAGCCGGUCAUCACGCAAAUAUAUUUCUACUACAUUUUCUGCUAUAACUAACGAAAAAAGUCAACGAAAAUGGGUAAACUUGUUUUGUACGGUAUGGAUCCCAGCCCACCGGUGCGCACUGUUCUUUUGGUGUUAAAUGAAUUACAAUUGCCAUAUGAGUAUAAAGUGGUGAAUUUACUGGAACGUGAUAAUCAUAACGACGAAUACCGCAAACUUAAUCCACAAGGUACAGUGCCAACGUUAGUGGACGAUGGACACGCCAUCACAGAUUCUCAUGCCAUAAUCGCCUACUUGGCAAGCAAAUAUGGCAAAAAUGAUUCUCUAUAUCCAAAGGAUCUGGUCAAACGUUCAAUUGUCGAUCAACGUUUAUACUAUGAUACGGGCGUGAUUUUCGAACGUGCCCUACGUGGAACAACAAAACCCAUUAUUUUCGCCAAUCAGACUGUAGUGCCAAAAUCUCAGAUCGAAAUCAUAGCUAAUGUCUACGAAACAGUAAACGGUUUCCUAAAGGAUCAUUCAUACGUUGCUGGUGAUCACCUGACGCUCGCUGAUCUUUCACUGAUACCGGCAAUAAGUUCUUUGCAGGUAUAUUUGGAUAUCGAUGCUGUUAAAUAUCCGAAUUUGCUUGCAUGGUUCAAACGUGCCGAAAAGUUGCCCUAUUACGAGAAGGCAAACGGCAAGGGACUGCAGCAAUUUUUCGAUAUAGUCAAGUCAAAGAAUAUAAAAAUCGAGGAGUAGUCAAAGUUGGUGGCGUCACUCAUAUUGCAAUUAAUGCAAAAUUAAAAAAAAGUGCCUGGUGAGCAAAUGCAUACAUACAUAUGUACAUACAUACAUACAUACAUAUGCAAGUACGUAGGUAUUUGUUUACAAUCAAAAUGCCCACUCUGCGUUUGUGUUAUCUUGGUGCAUUAUUGUUCAAACACUUUGUAUCACAUGAAAAAAUAUUAUUUUUAGAUAAUGGAGUUUUUUUUAUCAAAAUAUGUAUAAAUAAAUAAACAGCUUAAAAAUA